GCCGGAGAAACUCCACCCUGCAGCUUUAGGAUCUUCGGGCAGGCGGAGCGGAGGGCAGCCCGAGCAGAGUGGAGCUCUGGCUGGAUGCGCGGCGUGCGCGACAAGUCCCGCGGAAAACUUAACAGGGACCAAAGUCCAGCCUGAACUCGACUUUCUGUGUGUGAGACAGUGAGUGAGGGAGUGUGAGAGGACGCGCUGGGAACUUAUUCACAUGUGAUUUUUUUUUUCCUCACAGAAAUGCUCCAAAGAUGGCGGUGGUAACAGCCGGAGCAGGAGUCUCGAGUGGCUCCAGGGCACAUAAAAGUGGAUUUAUAGAGGUUUUGGUGCGGGAGAACUGGCAUAAAGUUUUGGCCAACUUGAGCGAGGAGGCGCUCACGUUGAGCUGCGAGGACUGCGGCGUCAACGACGGCGUCAGCUCCAACGGGGUUACCAACGGGUCUUACCUGGACAACAGCAACGCCAACUCCAACAACGGCCCCCAAGCCGUGCGCACCGCAUUCACGGACCUCCCGGAGCGAGUGCCCGAAGCGAUCGCCAACAGAAAGCGGUGCGUCAAGGUGAUCAAGCAGGAAAUCGGAGGACUCGGGAUAAGCAUUAAAGGAGGGAAGGAGAACAAAAUGCCCAUACUCAUCAGCAAGAUAUUCAAGGGGCUUGCAGCGGACCAGACCCAGUCGCUGUAUGUAGGAGACGCCAUCCUCUCCGUGAACGGAAUGAACCUGCGGGACGCAACGCACGACGAGGCUGUGCAGGCGCUGAAACGAGCAGGAAAGGAGGUGACACUGGAAGUGAAGUACAUGCGUGAGGCUACGCCGUAUGUCAAAAAGGGCUCCCCUGUAUCGGAGAUCAGCUGGGAGGCGCCUCCUCCUGAGUCUCCGCGCCCCAGCAGCUCUCCCACCGCCUCCUUCUCCUCGUCCUCGCCUCAGUCUCCCAGCUCUCCCAGCCAGCCCUUCCUGUCUCUGAACAGUGACAGGAGGUGCAUACCACUGAAGAUGUCUUUCGUGACACGUGCCAUGACCAGAGUGGAUCCUGAGAACAGACAACUGGAGCUGCACAGUCCUGACGCCAGGCACACCAUCGUGCUCCGGUGCCCAGACCAACCAUCUGCCCUGUCCUGGUUCUCUUCCAUGCACUCAGUCACAUCCACGCUGGCACAGCGAGCAGCGGCGGAAGUUGUCCAGAAUACAUCCAGGACAGGGGUAGCUGGCAGCAAAGAGAUCCGACACCUGGGAUGGCUGGCAGGAAAGACGGAGAGUGAGAAGCAGUGUUGGAAACCGGUCCUCGUAGUGGUGACGGAGAAGGACCUUUUGCUGUACGACAGUUUGCCUCGGAGCAAGGAGGCCUGGCAAAACCCUUCACACAAUUUUCCACUUUUAGCAACACGUCUGGUCCACUCUGGUCCUGACCGGGGGUCGCCGUGUUCUGGCACUGAGCUGUUUUUUGCCACUCGGACUGGCACACGACUCGGCAUUGAAACUCACCUUUUCCGGACUGAGACCACAAAGGAUUUGUCCAUGUGGACCAGACACAUUGUCAACGGCUGUCAUGCAUCGGCUGAGAUGAUCAAAGAAGUCACAACAAGUUGCCUGUACCAGAGUCAGGAGUGUCGGCUGGUGAUUCACUACGAGAAAGGCUUCUCUGUGCUAGCUGACCCAAAGGUAGGAGAUGGAGAGGACGGCGAGGAGAGAGUAAUUGACAUAUCGGUGAAGCCCCAAGUGCUCCUCUCCUACCCUUUUGAAAAACUAAAAAUGUCCGCGGACGACGGCGUACGCAUGCUCCUUCUGGACUUUGGAGGGAAGGAGGGAGAGAUUCAACUGGAUCUUCACUCGUGUCCGAAACCGAUUGUCUUCAUCCUCCACUCUUUCCUGUCUGCUAAGAUCUCCCGUCUGGGUCUGGUGGCCUGAUUUGGGAGUUUCAAACUCCUGUGAAAACAAACCCAUCUUGUUUCUGCAUCUGGACACAGCUCUCGUGCGGCACGCCACCUCAAACUCCUUUAUUUGGAAACCCAAGCUGAAUGAAUGUAGCUUUUACCUGUAAUUUGAGCUUUUUUGGGUUUCUGUGUCUUAGCAGGUGCCUGAAACUGGUUGUUCUUCAGAAAUAUUUUGGGGCGGGGUGAAUGAUACCCCUGUCAGGGCUCCAGGAACUUGAAUGUUGGCUGAAGAACCAGAGAGGAGAAUGUGAACUGGACUUGAAGCAGAUGGAUGAUAUAUUUUGAUGUACCAACAAACUGACAAGAGAAAGUUGGGCAUUACUGUCACGUCCAGGAUGGGAAGGACUGGCCACAUGUAGCAGGAUGGAGAUGAAUUCACUUUUAAUUCAAUCAAAAUGUAACGGCAACCUGCCUUCCAUUUACCAAUUAUAUAAUUUAUUUACCAUCUACUCUGAAAGGACAUUCCUAAUUUCACUUGUCAUCCGUCUUCCUCAUACACGACACAGCGUGGAGAAACUUUGCACAUUAGUCUUUAUUAGAGUGCCCCCGGGAUGCCUCGUUAUCCGUGUCUGCAUUCAUCAUCCAGACUGGGGGGCCACAUUUUCCCACAAAAUGACGGCUCACUCCGAUUUAAACUGUCACUGCAUUCUUUUAACGGCAUGCUCAUGAUGACCGUCCCGUGUUUUUAAGGUAUUUCAGCGUGACAGUUACACGUGAAGGUUGAAGACCUGAUGAACCUGAAGAGGAUUGAUUUUUUUCUCUUUUUUUCCCCUGCGUCGCAUAAAACACUAGGGAGAGUUUUGGAAUAGUUUUGUCAAAUAAUAUAAGGCGAAUGUUAUAUUUUUUAGGCAAAUGACCAUUAUCAACUUCUCACAGCCUUAGGUAAAUAAUUGAUUCAGAGUCAUGGUAAUCUAUAUCUAUAAUAGAAAUAAUUUAUUUUUUAAAAUCACUUUUCUUAUACCAGAUCCUGAGGUUAGAUGCGUAGCAAGUUAGAGGAAUAAUAGCACAUUACAUAUUACGUUGUGUAUCAGAACUGCAGUAAAAGCUAAAUUAUGUUUUAACAGAAUUUUCACUUAUUGGCAUCCCUGCUAUGAGUACCUUUUCAUUCUCCGCCUUUGCCGAGAAAAGACAAAUUUGUCUUUUUACCCAAGCUGGCAAAAAUUGGACUUCGCUGUCCAGAAUAUUUCAUACUUCAAUUCUUAACUUAAAUUCAGGACUCCUGGUCCAUUACCAGAUCCCUGGUUAAAAUCUGGUCAUAUAAAACACUGAUUAUUUCUCAAAAUGCUGAAAUAUUUUGUUUUCUCCGGUCUGAUCCAACAUGAUGAUGUUGUUUAGUGCUUCUGAUGUUAUCUCAGAGGGGACCAUUCAUCUUUCUGGACCGUUUUUCCCAGGACUAACGACAGUUACGCUGUCGCAAUUUCACAUUCAUCACGAUUUUAAUUGCUAUUUGUUAUUUGACUGAUCGGCAGUAUUUGUAACAGAGAUAAAACUCAUUAAAAACAGUGCAGCAAGCAUCAUAUCCAGUAUCAUUAAUACAGGAAGGAGGCAUCACAGUGUUGGGCCCCGUGUUAGUCCCACAGCAGCUGUGCAAGUCAUUAUUCUUUCCACAUCUGUGGACUGAUGCGUCAGUCUGAUAAAGCCACCUGCCAGGUUUCCUCUCCAUCUUGCAGAAACUGGAGAGGAAAAAAUGGUUGACUUUUAAAUAAAUUAACCAGACAUCACAGCUUGAGAAUAAAUGGCAAUAAAGCUUCUUUGAUGGUUAUAUCCUUUGUCCAUCCUUCUGCAAAGACAUACUGCACACACGUACACUGUACAAAGUGAUAUAUGCAUUACAAUCCUACCACACUGUUGAGAAAGCUAUAUGUUUUGUUGUUGUAAAGAUUUGUAACACUGAUGAGUCCAGCACUUGCCGAUCAUGUAAAGAGGAGACAAGCUCUCUGAGGAAAAAAAAAGCUGCUUUCAUAUGUAGAUCUCUGAUGCCUUCGGCAGCUACUGUACUGUCACUCAGAAUGAUGAUGCUCACUUUUUAAUUCAGACGUUGCACAUAAGUCCUGUGAUAAACGACAGUUGAUUAGUUGUUUUUAUUGUCUUCAGCUGUGAUUGAUUAUUUUUCAUCAGCAGCAAACACAGAUCACCUCCUCUGUCAUAAAGAUGUAAAUUAAAUCUGUUUGCUAAUGA